AUGGCUGGCAUAUUCUCGAAAGAGACAAUAAAGACCACAGCCGAGGCGGUUGGGAUUACCAAUAUCAAUGACGAUGUAGCGACCGCAUUGAGUCAGGAUUUAGAGUAUCGAAUACACGAAAUACUACAGGAAGCUAUUAAAUUCAUGCGCCAUGCCAAACGAACAAAAAUGACUAGCGACGACAUAGAUCACGCGAUGCGAGUUCGUAAUGUUGAGCCGUUAUAUGGAUUUAAUGGGUCCGAUCAAUACAAGUUCCAACGACUGACAACAAACUAUGCAGAUAUUUACUAUCUAGAAGAUGAUGAAUUGGAUUUUGAGAAUAUAAUGAAUGUCCCAUUACCAAAGGUUCCGCUGGAUGUAACUUUUACGGCUCAUUGGCUGGCAAUUGAAGGAGUUCAACCGGCGACGCCUCAGAAUCCCAUCCCAGAAGGUGCGCGUGCAAAUACACAUACGGCAGAUGUCAGGACAGAGCGACCAGCCCCGUCAAACGGAACAUCAAUGGAAGUUGAUGUCCGGCCUCUUGUCAAACACAACCUCUCUCGCGAAUUACAAACUUAUUACGAGAAAAUCACCAAGGCUGUAUUGAGUGAAGAAAGUAGAUUGCGGGUCACUGCACUCAACAGUCUGAAAGAAGAUCCUGCGUUGCAUCAAUUGUUGCCAUAUUUUGUUCAAUUCAUUUGCUCCAAGGUUGCCGAAGGCUAUGAAGAUAUUAAUGUCUUGGAGAAUGCUAUGAAUAUGACAGAUUCGUUAUUAAACAACCAGAGUUUAUACAUGGAUCCAUACCUUCAUCAAUUAAUACCGGCAAUCCUUUCUUGUCUGGUAGCUAAAAGCUUGGGUUCUCCAAAUGAUACAAAACAUUGGGAUAUCCGUGACAGAGCAGCGAACUUGAUUCAGUCAAUCUGCGUACGAUAUGGAGUACAAUACUACACUCUUCAACCGCGAAUCUGUAAAACCCUACUUCGCGCUUUCCUUGAUAUAUCUAAACCGUUCACUACACAUUAUGGGGCUAUUGUGGGGCUAAGUACAUUGGGCAGAGAAGUGGUCAAGCUGCUCAUUCUACCUAAUUUGAAGCCAUACAGUAUUGUAUUAGAACAAGAGUUGGUACAUUCGGAUGAUCUGGUGAAACGGAGUGAAGCUCAGCGAUGUUAUAACGCGAUACUGCUUGCACUUAUGACGUUAAAGGAGGAUGCAGUAUCAUCAGAUGGGAAACAGUUGGACGAGUUACGUGAUCCUUUGGAAAAACGCAUAGGCCAGCUCUUUGCGAAUGAGCUUAUCUCGAACGGUCAUAUCGAUGUAACAAUGGUAAUUCUUAAUAGCAUGGCAGAAGAUUAG